AUGCAGGGCCCUGUACCUAAAAAGAACCCCUUGGCAACUGUUGAUCCAGUUAAUUAUGUUGGAUGGCCUACUUCGUUUCAGAAACAAACAUUCUACAUGUUGUUAGCCUUGGAGGUAAAAACCAAAUCUCCUCAAAUCUCCAGACACCAUUUCCAGAGCUCCCCACGCCAUGCCAACAAGAUUGAGGAAGUGGAGCAGAAGAAGCCAAAGACCUUUUGCAAGUUCACCUACCGCAGCAUGGACGUUGACCAACCACUGGACAAGUCCGGCAACCAGCUGAUGCAUCUGUACAGUGCCAGCCAGCAGCAGGGGCUGAACCUAGGUCUACAGUGGAAUCAGUGCUCGCUGCUGAAGCGCCUGCGCAAGGCCAAGAAGGCGUUGCCUCCCAUGGAGAAGCCAGAGGUGGUGAAAGCACACGUCUGGGAGUUGAUCCUGCCUGGGAUGGUGGGCAGCGUGGUGGGUAUCUACAAUGGCAAGACCUUCAACCAAGUGCCAAUCAAGCCAAAGAUGAUUGGGCACUACCUGGGCAAAUUUUCUAUCACCCAGGAGACCAUGAGGCAGGUCUGGGCCGGCAUCUUGGCCACCCAGUCCUCUGGCUUCAUCCCCAGCAAGGAGUCUGCUCAGCAGUAA